AUGCGACGCUUCAGUCCUCUCGGUGGGACUAUUCUCAAGCAGUGGUUAUGUUUGCUCCCUGAUUUAUUUCUUCUCUUUUAUGUCAUAUAUCUUCUUCCCACUAUCCUUCCAUCUGUGGCAGGUGAGGUGUGCUAUGACAGGCUGGGCUGCUUCACAAACAAAAACCCAUGGUCUGGAACUCUUCAGAGGCCGAUAAGCCGCUUACCCUGGGCCCCGCAGAAGAUUAAUACUCGGUUCCUGCUCUACACCAGGAACAAUCUGAACAAGCCUCAGGUUGUCACCGCCGCCGAUCACAGCACAAUCGCCACCUCCAAUUUUCAGACACAUCUAAAAUCUCACUUCAUUAUCCAUGGAUUUAUUAACAGCGGGGAGGACAGCUGGCUGGUGAACAUGUGCCAGGCCAUGUUACAGGUGGAGGACGUGAACUGUUUCUGCACUGACUGGAGCGGAGGAUCUCAGACACUUUACACUCAGGCCGCCAAUAACAUCCGAGUUGUGGGGGCAGAAGUCGCCUAUUUGGUUAACACUCUUCUGGAAGCAUUUAAAUACUCCCUGUCUAAAGUCCACAUCAUUGGGCACAGUCUGGGGGCACAUGCUGCUGGUGAGGCUGGAAAGAGACGACCGGGAAUUGGAAGGAUAACUGGACUGGAUCCUGCUCAGCCGUACUUUCAGAACACCCCACCUGAGGUCAGACUGGAUCCUUCUGAUGCUAUUCUUGUGGAUGCUAUUCACACAGAUACCACGUCAACUAUACUCAACCUAGGUACCGGUGGGUAUGGGAUGAGUCAGACGGUCGGUCAUCUGGAUUUCUUUCCAAAUGGAGGGAGACAAAUGCCAGGAUGUAAGAAGAAUCAAGUCAUUAGCCAUGUGAACAUUGACGACAUCACACCCGUAAUCAAUGAACUCGUCUGCUGCAAUCACAUGAGGAGCUACCAGUACUACACCGAGAGCAUCCUCAACCCCGACGGCUUCAUCGGAUUCCCCAGCUCUUCGUACGAUGAAUUUUUGGGAGGUGCAGGAUUCCCGUGCCCCAGCGGUGGCUGCCCAUGGAUGGGACACUACGCCGAUCAAUACAGAGGAAUUACAUCCAACACUCAGACAUUUUACCUGAACACAGGAGAUAGGAAGAGCUUCUCCCGCUGGAGAUACAUGGCGUCCGUCCAGACUGCAGGGAACAGCAACAUUCUGGGAAAUAUUGCCAUAUCUGUACAAGGAUCUAAUGGGAAGACCUCGGAAUACACAAUCACCAGAGGAAUCAUUAUGUCGGACAAGACGUACACAGAUUUCAUAGACAUCGAGGUCGACAUCGGCUCCAUCUCUACGGUGACAUUUGUCUGGCGCAGUAGCCUACCCAAUCUCUUCCGCCGCAAGCUGGGCGCCUCGACCGUAACCCUACAUUACGGGAAGGACAGAGCAGUGACCUCUUUCUGCGACAGCGAGACCGUGCUGGACACCGUGUUCCAGACUCUAAGACCCUGCGGCUCUACUUCGCCUGUGUAA